AAGAUGGCGGCGGCGGCGGCGCUGCUGCCGGGGAGGCCGAGGCGGAGGCGGCCGAGCGCGGCGUUGCCGAGACCCAUCCGGGCAGGCAGAGCGCGGAUGCUGAGAGAUGGCCAAUGAGACCCAAGGCAGCCCCAGGGACGAAGCGUCUCUGGUGGGCCACAGCCCCGGCACCUCCAGUCAGAGCCAGCCCAGCUCCCCCAAACCCGUCCGAUUGGUGCAGGAUCUGCCAGACGGGCUGGUACAGGCAGGCUGGGAGAAAUGCUGGAGCCGGCGAGAGGCCCGCCCUUACUACUUCAACCGCUUCACCAACCAGUCUCUGUGGGAGGUGCCCAUCCUCGGGCAGCACGAUGUCAUCUCGGACCCCUUGGGGCUGAACGCGGCCCCGCUGCCCCCGGACGCGGGCCCCGCCGACUCGCCCGCGGACAAGCCCGCGGAGAAGCCCGGGAAGAGGAGGCUCUCGGAAGAGAUCCAGCCCGCCGGCAACGGCGUCAAGAAGCCUAAGGUGGACGCCCCCGGGCCCCCCGCCCAGCCGGUGCCCGGCUCCCCCGCGGUGCCCGCGGCGCCCGGGCCCCCGACCCCGAAGGGCUGGAGCGCGGCCCCCGAGGACAAGCAGCAGGCGGCUCUCCUGCGUCCCACCGAGGUCUACUGGGACCUGGACAUCCCCACCAACGCGGUGAUCAGGCAGCGGGGGCCGGCGGAGGCCCUGCCCCCGCACCCCGAGGUGGAGCUGCUCCGCUCCCAGCUCAUCCUCAAGCUGCGCCAGCAUUACCGCGAACUCUGCCAGCAGCGCGAGGGCAUCGAGCCGCCCCGGGAGUCCUUCAACCGCUGGAUGCUGGAACGCAAGGUGGUGGACAAAGGGACCGACCCGCUGCUGCCCAGCGACUGCGAGCCGGUGGUGUCCCCCUCCAUGUUCCGGGAGAUCAUGAACGACAUCCCCAUCAGGUUAUCGCGCAUCAAGUUCCGGGAAGAAGCCAAGCGGCUCCUGUUCAAGUACGCCGAGGCCGCCAAGCGACUCAUCGAGUCCAGGAGGGCCUCCCCGGACAGUCGCAAGGUGGUCAAGUGGAACGUGGAGGACACCUUCAGCUGGCUGAGGAAAGACAGCUCCGCCUCCAAGGAGGACUACAUGGACCGGCUGGAGCACCUGCGGAAGCAGUGCGGCCCCCACGUGUCGGCCGCCGCCAAGGACUCGGUGGAGGGCAUCUGCAGUAAGAUCUACCACAUCUCCCUGGAGUACGUCAAGCGGAUCCGCGAGAGGCACCUCGCCAUCCUCAAGGAGAACGACAUCUCGGAGGAGGUGGAGGCGGGCGAGGUGGAGGAGCGGCUGGUCUACUGCUACCCGGUGCGGCUGGCGGUGCCCUCCCCGCCCUUGCCCGGCGUGGAGCUGCACAUGGAGAGCCACGUGGCCUGCGUCGUGCGCUACAAGGGCGAGGUGGUCCGCGUCAGCCGGAGCUACUUCAGCAAGCUGUGGCUCCUCUACCGCUACAGCUGCGUCGACGACUCGGCCUUCGAGCGCUUCCUGCCGCGGGUCUGGUGCCUCCUCCGCCGCUACCAGAUGAUGUUCGGGGUGGGGCUGUACGAGGGCACGGGCUUGCAGGGGGCCCUGCCCGUGGCCGUGUUCGAAGCCCUGCACCGGCUGUUCGGCGUCAGCUUCGAGUGCUUCGCCUCGCCCCUCAACUGCUACUUCCGCCAGUACUGCUCCGCUUUCCCGGACACGGACGGCUACUUCGGCUCCCGGGGGCCGUGCCUGGAUUUCUCUCCGCUGAGCGGGUCCUUUGAAGCCAACCCCCCUUUCUGCGAGGAGCUGAUGGACGCCAUGGUGUCUCACUUCGAGAGCCUCCUGGAAGGCUCGCCCGAGCCGCUGUCCUUCAUCGUCUUCAUCCCCGAGUGGCGGGAGCCGCCGACGCCGGCCCUGACCCGCAUGGAGCGGAGCCGUUUCAAACGGCACCAGCUGAUCCUGCCCGCCUUCGACCACGAGUACCGCAGCGGCUCCCAGCACAUCUGCAAAAAGGAGGAGAUGCACUACAAGGCGGUUCACAACACGGCCGUGCUGUUCCUGCAAAACGAGGCCGGCUUCGCCAAGUGGGAGCCCACCCCGGGGCGGGUCGAAGAGCUGAGCGCCGCUUACCAGCGCGCCGCCCCCCGCGCCAAGGACCGCGACCAGAGCACCAGCCGGGACGUCGCCUCCGCCUGAUCGCGGCCCCCCGAACCCCGCCGCGGCCCCUGUGAAUAGCCCCGUCCCCCCCCCCCGCCGACUCCCCCGGCCCCCCG